AUGUCCUCUAAUCCAUGGUUGAUUGCCUCAGUCGUUAUGAUCUGUGCCAUAAUCAUCUUAUUCAGUUACUUGAGGAUAGUUGUGCUGUUCUGCUGGCCACCUCAGCGGAUCAACUUCUCAAGAAACGGGGUUCCGAGGAGGCAGCUUUUAGACGAGUCCAAUACCGACGAUCCUUCUCUUCGGUUUGACAGCCAUGGACUCGAAUUUUCCACCAUGCACUCCCUUCCCAUCACCCAGUUCAAGGAAGAAAGCGAAGGAGAAAUGAACAAGACAAGGAGUACAGAUUGCGCGGUGUGCUUGGGGGAAUUCAAGGAAGGAGAGUGGCUGAGACAUUUGCCAAGCUGUUCUCAUUCCUUCCAUAUUUCUUGCAUAGACACUUGGUUUCUAAAUCACGCUAAUUGCCCUCUCUGCAGAACGGAGGUCCAGAGUCUCAAAUUGGAGGACCUUGAGUCUCCUGUUUCCCACCACUCUCCGCCACAGACUCUACGGCGAGAGGAUUUCUUUAGGGAAAGGGCUGCGCAUUACGAGCUUCUACGUUCGCAAAUCUUGCAGAACUCGGUUAGUAGGCGUGACACAAUAGAUGAAAAUUGA